CACUUUUUUUUUUUUCUUUUUUUUUUUUGCCUCCGUGUUGCGGGACCAACAUCACCGAUUCUUACACAGUUCGAGGUUCGGCAUCGUCAAAAAGUUUUGGAUCCAAGUCAUGAUGACCGGAUUUCGGCUCAACUUCUCGCCUCUGAAGGAACCGCUUGGCUUCGUCAAAAUAGUGGAAUGGCUCACGGCCAUAUUUGCUUUCGGAAGCUGCGGCGGCUUCGCGGCCAAGAACAUUGUGUCCAUCUUCUGCGGCGAUGGCAGGAAUGAAACUCUCAACGUCAACUUCCACUACCCCUUCAGGAUAAGCCAGGUGCCGCUCAUCGAGGGCAACUCCACGAUAUGUAACCACUCCGUCAGCACCACUUACUUGAUGGGAGACUCGUCCUCGGCCGCUGAAUUCUUCGUGGGCGUCGCCGUCUUCUGCUUCCUCUACAGCAUGGCCGCCCUUUUGGUUUAUUUGGGCUACAUGCACGUUUACAAGAACUCUGAUUUCGGACCCAUUUUGGACUUUGUGAUCACGGCGAUCAUCGUUUUCCUGUGGUUGGUGUGCUCGUCGGCGUGGGCUAAGGGUCUUCAGAACGUCAAGGACGCCACGAACACGGAAGGCAUCGACACCACCGUGGCGGUCUGCAAGGGGAACAACAUCACCUGCGAGGUCACGGAGUACGCCAACCUGCGGACGCUCAACAUCUCCGUGGUGUUUGGCUACCUCAACAUGUUCGUGUGGGCUGGCAACGCCUGGUUCGUGUACAAGGAGACUCGCUGGCACUCGCAGAAAAUUUCAACCCAACCGGGACCGGGGAGGCAGCAGGUUCCGGCAGCAAUCUAAUACAAACGCCGGAAACCAACACUUCAAUUGACAAAUUAUUUUCUGGUGCAGCAGCAUUUUUAGAAUAUCAAAUUCCUACUUUUACAGCUUUUUAUGUUCAUUUAGUAGCUUGACCAAAGAAGUUCAGGGUCCUCAUUAGGGUACUUGGCAAGUACUCGUUAUGACGCUUAAAAACUCAAUUCCUUAUUUUUUACGUGCAUGCUGAAUUUUUUUUAUGCAUUGGGAUUUUUUUUUAAAUACAUUGUCGAUUUGGUUGUCGAGGAAAUAACUCUGGUGUUAUUUCCGUCCCAUUAGUUAUGGAUGAGGUAGCAGUGGCAGACUGUCGAAAAAAAAAAGUUGGGUAAUUAGCAUCCCCGUUUUUACCUUUUUCCAUGUCACUGGUUUUUUUUCUCUUUUUGUACUGUUGCAUGCCUGAUUUGUUUGCAUUGAUGGCUGUUCAAUGCGUUUUGAUAUCUGUUGCAAUUUGCUUAGAAUGUAAGUAAAUAUGGAUGUGGAAUAAAAGUGGGGAGGGUAUACCGGUGAUGCCCCCGCCACA